AUGUGUCGUUCAUCUCCACACGACAUCAAGAGGUCUUCAUCUUCAUCACCACCACCAACACAUCUGCAACAUCUUCAACCACCAUCAUAUGCUGUUCCUCAGCCUUACUCAGUUGAGGGUGCGGUGGCCUACCUCGAAGCUCAACCGACUACCUCAAUGACGCCGAUACUUGUACAACGAUUGGGAGCCCUCGCCAAUAGCCUUGUUGGUAUUGCUGGUGGUGGUGCUUCUGCUCCUGAUGGUGGUGCUUUUAGUCCUGGUGGCAGUGCUUCUAAUUCUGGUGCUGGUGCUGCUAGUCUCGGUGGUGGUGCAUCUAGUCCUGGUGCUGCUGUUGAUGCAACAACGCCAAAAGGUCCAUCAUCCUCAUAA